AUGGAAGGAGGUUAUACAUUCACCAAAAAAAACACACUUGUAUACGAGUGGAAAAUUCAUAAUAUAACUUCAUUAAUGGAAUAUAAAGAAGAUCAAACUCCUGUGACUUUAACAUCAACAAAUUUUUCUAUAAGAGCUAAAAUUGAGAACCAGUGGAACAUCGACUUGUAUUUAAAUAAUGGAAACCCAAUUGGUGAAGGUAAAGACAAAGAUGCCUUGUCAGUAUAUGUUUGGAAUUUGGAGGAAAAUAGCGUAAAAGCUUUUGUAACAAUUUACAUUCUAAAUAAUAAGCAAGAAAAGUCUAACAUUUGGCAAUUUGGUGAGCACUUGUUUGAAGACGGAAAAUCUUGGGGUUACAAUGACUUCGUGAAGAAAGAAAGACUAUUGGAUAAAAAGUAUGAACUAAUUCCUAAUGAUAUUCUAACAGUUUGUACUGAAAUCACAGUUGUUGAUGAAAAUAUUCAGAUUCCUGUAAAAGGUUCCUAUCACUACUCUAAUUAUCAACUGGUAGAAGAUUUUAAAGAACUCUACAAGACUAGAGCUUUCAGCGACAUGGUUAUCAAUGUUGGAGAAGAAAAGCUCCAGGCUCACAGAAUAAUUCUCAUGACUCGGAGUCCAGUCUUGGCUUCAAUGUUUAAUCAGGAGAUGUCCGAGAAGAAAGUUAAUGAAGUUGUGAUAACUGAUAUUUCUUCAGAUACGUUUGAAAAAUUAUUGGAGUAUAUUUAUACGGACGAAGUAUCGGAUCUGGAGGAAGACGCUGCGGAAUUGUUGGAAGCGGCUGACAAAUAUCAGCUGGCUUCGCUAAAGAAGAGAUGUGAAGAGUCGCUCUGCGAGUCCUUGAAUCCUGAAAACGCCCUUAAGAUGCUGGAUUUAGCAGAUCGCUUUAGUGCUCCAUACCUGAUGGAGUAUGUCAUCAAAUGUAUCACUGCUGAUGCAGCGAAAAUUGUAGAGAGCGAAGAAUUCAAGGAGUAUGAAAAGUCUAAUCCGUCUUUGGGGCUGAGAUUGUUUAAGGAACUUGCAGUUGCUAGGACUUGUUGUGAAGCUGGAAUAAGAUAUUCGACACUUUGA